AGAACAGAGGACGAAUUCAUUUACGAUCACUUAUUGAACUUUUGUUCGCGUCUCCCACCGCUGUGCAAACAAAUCAAUCUGGUUUAAAGCCUUUUAAGCGAGUGAUCCGCACCGAGAGUCUGAUUGUUUGCUCAACUAGAUCAGAAUGAAGGUCGCUACGUUUUUGGUCUUCCUGGUUGUACUCUGCAUCCAUGACGCUCAGAGUCGGCCGAGGAUAAGUUCCACUGCUGAUCAAAUCGAAGACACUUUGAAGAGGGUUCCAGCAGAUGAACAAGUGAAUUUUUUGAAGUACCAUCUUUCGCUCGGGUAUGACCUUCACGCGAAUGCCAAUAAUUGGCCCGAUAAUAUCACCAGCGACUUUGCUGUUGCCCUCUUCAAAUACGCCAUGUCAUCGCAUCAAAUUACCGACCCAUUGGAACUCCGGGCAGCUAGAAACAUCGUCUGCUUCCCAGAUGGUACGUGCAUUGACUUGGGAGACAUCGGAGUCCAUCCAUAAACUACCAGACUUAUAAUUUUAAAAAUACAAAUUUUUUCUCAAUUGUACACUCAAUGCACUUAUUAUAACUUAACAAUAAACAAUCUGUCUGCUAA